AUGUCCGGACUUUUGGUUCGUGGGGACCUGUCAAAUGGCUCUUCUCUCCCAGCCACUCGGGCCAGCUUGGAAUCGUUUGGCCCUGCUACUUCCAUGAGCUUCGACUUUACGCCACUUUUUGAAGACACUAUCCUCUCUUUGCUACCAUCGGCUCUUCUCUUACUAAUCCUACCAUAUCGCAUUAUAAGCCUCUAUGGCCAGCGGCCAAAAGUAUCUUCUGGGGGUUUUUUACGCGAGAGCAAAUCACUUUUCUUGGCCAUGUUUGCCGCAAUCCAUCUGGCGCUGUUAGUCCUCCGCGUUUUAAAUUCAUCACUACGCACGUCUGCUACUAUUGCCGAGUCUGCACUGGCUUUCAUCGCUAGUCUAGGUCUCUGUCUGCUUUCGCGGCUUGAGCAUUUGCGUUCUAUUCGCCCAUCGCCCAUUAUCAACGGCUACAUCCUCCUCACUUUAAUAUUCGACAUUGCUCGUGUACGAACACUCUUCCUCGAUUCAGCCAACAGAUCCAUCGCUGGGAUAUUCUCUUGCAUGAUGGGCGUCAAAGUGAUGGUUCUGCUUGCUGAAGCAAUAGAAAAGCGAAAGCUGCUCUUGGGACCAUAUCGUGGUUUAUCGCCGGAAGAAACGAGCGGCAUUUACAGUAAAUCGUUUUUCUUCUGGCUGAACCAACUCAUGACAUGUGGAUUCCAGCGUGUUCUUCAAAGUCACGAUUUGUAUCCGAUCGACAGUAAUAUGUCUUCCCCGGUACUCAAACAGCGAAUGAAGGAUGCUUGGAGUGCUGCGACACAAGAUAAACCAAGAGCUCUUUUCUGGGCAGUAUUACGUGCGAAUUUGAAGCCAUUGUCUUUUUGCGUCGUCCCGCGUUUGUUGCAGAUUGGCUUUAGAUAUACUCAGCCUUUCCUUCUCACGCGCACGAUUACUUUCGCAAAUGAUGAGGGCCAGCCAGACAUAAUUGGCUGGGGCCUCACUUGCGCCUUUUUCAUAGUCCUUCUUGGUGUCGCGAUCUCAAAUGGCGUUUCCUACCAUAUGACUUUUCGCUUCGUGACAAGCGCCCGUGGCAGUUUGGUCAGCAUCAUCUAUUCCAAAACGGUCGAUCUCAGCGUCACAGCCCUCGAUGAAUCAGUUGCGGUUACUUUGAUGUCCAGUGAUGUCCAAGCCAUUUGUAAUGGUUUCCAAUUGAUCAAUGAUCUCUGGGGAGUACCCCUUGAGCUAGCCAUUGUUAUCUAUCUCUUGACUCGCCAACUUGGAAUUGUCGCGCUCGUGCCAGCCAUUCUAUCGUUCAUAUCUACUGUUGCUAUCAUUUCUAUGGCAAAAUCCAUGGGAAAUGCCCAAAAGAUAUGGAUGAAGAGCAUUCAAACGCGAGUUGAUGUCACGUCCACAAUGUUAGCGUCCAUGAAAUCCGUCAAGAUGCUUGGCUUUACUGAUAGGCUAGCGGACAUUGUCCAAGGGCUCAGGAUAAGUGAGCUUCAGGAGGCAAAGCUCUUUCGUAGGUUGCUUGUUUUGCGUGUCUUCCUUGCAAACAGCCUCCGAUUUCUAGCUCCACCCUUGACGUUUGCUAUCUUCGUAACCAUCCCGCAAAAGGGGCAUUCUUUGAAUGUGAAUUCGGUUUACACAACCUUGUCCCUAAUCUCGCUGCUAGCUACGCCUAUCAACACAUUCAUCCGAGCCAUUCCUGCCAUGAACACCGCUUUAGCAUCUUUAGAUCGCAUUCAAGAAUUUCUUCAGUCAGAGGGUAGACGUGAUCAUCGCAUAAUUUUGGAAGAUUCUCCAGCCUCAAUACAACGGAUUCAGUCCAGCUUGGAAGGGAUAGAGCUCUCAGACCUCAGUCCCAUGAGGCAAAAUACCGUACCGGAAGUCAUUGCCGCCCGAGAUGUGAGCUUCGCAUGGGGUAACCAUACAAUCUUCGCGGUCCACGAUAUCAACUUGAGUGUUCAAAAAGGUCAAUUUUGUUUCAUUAUUGGCUCGACAGGCUGUGGCAAGAGCACUCUCAUGAAAGGUAUUUUGGGUGAGACACCAUCAACAAAAGGCUUUCUAUACACGAAAUACCGAGAGACAGCAUUCGUGGAUCAGACACCCUGGAUCCGCAACACGUCGCUCAGGGAUAAUAUUUUAGGCGUCUCGAAUUAUACGGAGACAUGGUAUCAUGAGGUUGUUAGCGCCUGUGGAUUGGAUCAGGAUGUUGCAAACCUCCCAAAUGGCCACUCGACAAAAGUUGGUUCUUCCGGUAUCUCUCUGUCCGGGGGACAAAAACAACGACUUGCAUUGGCUCGCGCUGUUUAUGCAUGCAAAGAUGUCAUUAUGUUGGAUGAUAUCUUGUCGGGCCUUGACGCUGAUACUGAGGAACAUGUCUUCAAAAGCCUUUUUGCAAGAAAGGGAUUGUUUCGCCGACUAGGUACGACUGUGCUGCUAUCUACGCAUGCUGUGCAUCGCCUUUCUUAUGCGGAUCACAUUGUUGCUAUGAGAAGCGAUGGCUCUAUCGCGGAGCAGGGCACGCUACAGGAGCUUGAGGCCAGCGGUGGCUAUCUAACCCUCUUGAAAGCACAGUAUAAAGACCAGGCGAUUGACGAAGUGAACCCUCAACAGCACAAGGCUACGAAAGUUGCACUCGAUGUCUCUGACCAAGGAAACCACAUUGAUGCUAGGGAAGGAGAAUUGACUAGGCAAAAUGGAGAUUUUGCUCUUUACUUAUAUUAUUUUGGGUCUGUGCAUUGGGCAUCCAGUGUUUUUUGGAUGACUUUCUUCGUCCUUGAAGGAGUGUCGCCAAAGCUGAGCGAAUUGCUGGUCAAAACUUGGGUGAGCGCAUUGGAAAAUCAUGGCAGUGCUGUCAAUUCCUUCUACCUGGGUCUAUACGCCCUGGUGUCAAUCAUAACCGCCUUUGCGCUUGUGGGUGGAGCUUACCAUUUAUUCAUGUUCUUUGCCCCCGGAGUGCUGAAACUCUACAUAAACGUCUUCUAA